AUGUCGAACAGUACGGAAUUGAAAUUAUUGUCGCUAUCUGGAAACAAAAUUUCUCAUCUCGAGAAUUUCAACAGUAUGCCAAAGCUGCGAGAAUUAUACUUGGCAAAUAAUAGAAUAAAAAAGAUUGGAGAUAGCUUUUUGCAAAGUCCACGUUUGACCGUCAUGAAUUUAGCUGGAAAUACUUUAUAUCAGUUACAGGAUAUUCAGAAUCUUUCCUUCCUCCCGAGUCUACAGUCCGUCGUUUUUGCUGAUCCAAUGUACGGCGAGUGUCCACUAGUCUCGUUGUCAGCCUACCGAUAUUUUGUCAUAAACUAUCUGCCUACCUUGAAUGAAUUGGAUCACUACCGGAUCACCAGCGAGGAACGUUCUUACGUAACGGAAUUUUUCAAGUACCCACAUUUUGUAGAUUUCAUUCCAUAA